CAACACUACAAAUCUAUUACAUUUAUUGAGGAAAAUGGGAAGCGUAGAUUGAUCUGAAUAACUAUGAAUGACCCAGAAAGUGAAGACCUAGCAUCGAGUCCAGAUCUCCCGUCAAAUAUUGCAGUUGUUGGGUCCCCUGAUGAUGCAGCUAGGAGAACCCAGGAAUGGUUAAAGGAGUCUGUAGAGGACACAUUCUCUGACAGUGAUAAUGAAACAGAGGAGAGCUUGGUAUCUGAGGAAGGGGAGGAAAAGAGGGGUCCCAAACGCAAAAAGAAGAUUAAACGUGAUACAAAAUACAUUCCAACCCUAAAAGACCUGCAACUAGUGGGGGACAUCCUGUUCACUGAGCGCCCUACAGUCGGCUACUCAAUGGAUGAGCAGAAGGAGCUCAUAGCCCUAGGUGACGUCACUAAUUUAGCAUCCGAAGGACGGGUUUCCGUUUUUGAGAAAGGGGUUCAGUUUGAGAAGAAAGGAAAACCUGGACUGGCACUGCAAUGUUACCUAGCUUGCAUACAAGGGCUAGACGGACAAGUUGGCAAGUUCCCGCAACUGCCCCAAUGUUUGCGGCACAUUGCGCGGCUCUACUUUGCAGAGGAGGAGUAUGAGAAAGCUGUGCACUUUGUUCAGGCUGAGAAACUCUACUACGAGACUGCUAUUCUAGCUACCACAGGCAGAAAGACAGAAGAAGAAUCCGAUGUUUCAGAUGGACCUCAGGAUCUAAAGUCUAUGAUGAUAGCUCGAGCUCAGGAAUUUGAGCAACUUGCAGACAUGUGUCUCCACAGCAAAAAUGUCGGAUUAGCUCUGGACUACAUUGGGAAGGCUGCCAAAAUCAACGAAGCAGUGUACGGGAAAAACGAUCACAAAAGUCGACAGAGUUACGAGAAGUUCUCGUACAUAUACGCGGAAGCCGGCAAACUACAGUACAAUGAUGCACUGAAGAGGUUUCAAAGAAAGCAAUCCCAAAGCAAUAUGAAAGUGUUGGAGAGAUCGGAACCACCUAUUCAAGAAGAGUUGUACACUCCCGAACAAUCCUUGACACAGAAGGUGUUCAGUCUAGCGCUCCUCCUGAUCUUCCUCGUGAUUAUCAUCAUUGAGGUUACGUUGGUGAUACUUAGUUUCUCUAAGGGGUACCUCUACAUUCCUUCUGGAGGAGAGUUCUUCAACUUCUUCCGUUACUUUUGGUUUAAGAUGACCGGACCUCAGGAGCUUUGAGGCGGUUGUAGCUCGAAUGAUUUGAGCGACUUCAGAUCGGAGAAAGGGUGAUAGAUCGUUCUUUGUCUUAACAGGAAAAUAUAUGUGUGGAAUGAUUUAAAUCUCCAGAUUCAACGGAAAACACUUACUUGAAAUUCUCAAAGACUAAAAGAACGGCAUCUGUUGAACAGAUGAGAGUUCUUAUGGGAAUAAUAAUUAAUAAAUAAAUACUAGUAUUUCCGAACAUAAAAUAUGAUAAUAAUGAUAAAAACGAACAAUUGUUAUCUUAAUAAAAUGUUACCAAUAACUCACUGCAGGGUGACCCAGAAUUGGAAUGCAAUAUUCUAGUAUUGUUUUUAUAUUGGGUUCAUUCUGUACCACCCUCAAUAUAUCGCUAAUUUUCAGACUAGCCGUGGUGUAACCACGUGCUUAUUUCGAUAACGCACGUGCUUUAACCGCGCACAAGUUGCACUGCGCAACAAUAGGUUGUAAAACCAAGGUUACCAUGGUUACUCCACGGUAACAGCGUGAGUAGAUCAGCAUGAAAUGUUUUAUCCUUAAUUUGAUUAUAAUUUUAAGUGCACGACUUCAAUUUUUAGGAGUUUAGAAGUUUGGAACUGAUGUGAGGUAUAUAUGAUUAAGCAGGAAGCUUCCUAUCAGAGCGUUUUGACGAACUUUUCGUGAGGUUUUUAAACAUUUUGCUUCAAAAUUAUCAUGACAAAAAAUUGUCUUACAAUUUCCUGUUUAACUGUAUUUCACAUUCAGUUCGUUUUAUAUUUCAGAAUUUAGAGUUUUGUUAAAAGUGCAUGGUUUUCGAAUGAAUUGACACAUUCUUCAAGAAUGUCAUUCUUGUUGUCACUGAUUUUUCAUUAAAAAAGCACCAAGUAAGUCACUUACUAUCUGAAGAAGAGCUGAUCGCAAAACGCAUGCGCAAUGAAACGCUCACUUUUUAUAUUGAGUAACGUAUAAUAAUUUUUGUUGAUUCAAUACCUGAUAAAUACAUUUGUUAGCAUAUUGGUGGUAUUAUUUUUAUCUCGUUUCUACAGUUUGUGUUCAGGUGAGCGGACACUCAGAGCCGUUACAGUCUGUAUCCGACUAUUCGUGCAGUUUUCAGAUUAAUUAAUUUGAAUUAAGGACAGGGGGGGGGGGGGUAGAGAUGGUCUGACCUCAUCACACUACCUGUAGGUUGAGGGGGGAUGCAGAUUUGAACAAUUUUUGACUUUCCGAAUACUGUCCGUAUAAGAUUGCUCUUUUGACUGUAACUAUCUUUUUAGUCCCGGGUUUUACAAAUGUUAAUUAUGUUUCUACUUACGUUAAUUUACGUUAUGAAUAAUGGUCAGGUUAUGAUCACAAGGGAGCCGGUUUUAAUUUGUUUCAUAAAAACCAAUAGCCGUUACAUCAAGGGUAUUAAGUUUUAAUGACAAUCAACAAAUUUCAUUAACCUUUUCAGACCAUGAUAUUUUCAAUAAAAUAAAUUUGUUCUAAUUACGGUGAUUUAAUUGAAAUAAACUCAGUUCAGUCUAUCUUGUUUUAUUGUAUUAAAAGUAGACAUAUUAUGCGGUAUACAAGAUACAUGUGUUUCCUACCGCAAGGUGGUUAUGCUAAUAAAGUAUACCGUACAAAUUUUAUUAAUGUACAUAUUGGACCUUGUGUACGUGUACUUUUUCUCUGGCUUGUUUUUUCCGGCUAAUCAGAUUUAUUAAGCUUACCAACUUCCAAUUAACGUUAUUUCUCGACAAAAUAUCGAUAGAAAUGUUUAUUUGACAUGAAAAACUGCCAGCGACCGAUUUUUAUUUGUUGGAUAAUUGAUUGAUUUAUUUCUUUAGUUAAA